AUGCUGUAUAGAAUAGAAGGUCCUAGAUCAUUGAUAGCAUCUAUUUAUACAGGUUCAAAGUUGCCGAAAGUAAUUCGGCCCUUAUCAACGUCAUCUACUAUUAGAAAUAAAAAUCUAAUCAGGGAUUAUGAACAGGUCUCCAAUGUAAUAUACCAGAAUCAGGAUAUUGGAUUUUAUUCUACAAGACCAAAGAGAAUAGUUGUGGCAAUAACUGGGGCUACAGGGAUUGCAAUCGGAGUAAGAGUGUUGGAAUUACUAAAACAAUGUAAUAUUGAAACGCACCUAGUUAUAUCCAAGUGGGGUAUGGCUACAAUGAAAUAUGAAACAGAUUAUAAUAUGGAAGAUGUAAUGGCGCUUGCUUCAAAAGUGUACACGGCUAGAGAUGUGAGUGCACCAAUAUCGUCGGGGUCUUUCCAGCACGACGGAAUGAUUGUAGUGCCGUGUUCGAUGAAGACAUUGGCUGGAAUCAGGAUGGGAUUUACAGAAGACCUUAUUGUGAGAGCUGCUGACGUUACCUUAAAGGAAAGAAGGAAAUUAUUACUAGUUACAAGAGAAACACCGUUAUCUGAUAUACAUUUGGAUAAUAUGUUAUAUUUAUCAAGAAUGGGGACAAUUAUCUUUCCCCCAGUACCUGCAUUUUAUACAAAACCUAGAACUGUGGAAGAUAUUAUAGAGCAGAGUAGUGGAAGAAUAUUAGAUUGUUUUGGGAUUGAUACAAAUAGCUUCCCACGUUGGGAAGGUGUUAAAAAUACUAAAACACUUAAAUAG